AAUUGUUUCACUUGGUAACUAUUGUGUUCCGAGCCAUGAGAUCUGUCACUCCCUCUCAUUAGCUAUUUAUACACUAGACACAGAGCAAUUCAAACUCUCCAUAUAUAUAUAAUCCUCACAUUCAAACUCUCUUAAGAAAAAAUAAAUGCAGUAGCAAUGGCAGAUUUUAAUGUGAGAGAGAGCAGAAAGAAGGAGGUGAUAGCAAUAAUUGGAGCUGGAAUAAGCGGCCUAUUGGCCUGCAAAUAUGCAAUUUCCAAAGGAUUUGAUCCAAUUGUGUUCGAGUCAGAGAGUAGCAUCGGUGGUGUGUGGACUAAGACUAUUGGGAGCACCAAGCUGCAAACACCAAAACCGUUUUACCAGUUCUCUGAUUUUCCCUGGCCCGAUUCAGUAACCGAAAUGUUCCCUGACCAGCAAACGGUGCUGGAGUACAUUGAAUCGUACGCAAGUCACUUUAAUUUGGUCCGCCACAUUCAGUUCAAUAGCAAAGUGUUGAGCCUCAGCUAUGAAGAUGGCGAACCAAUUAGUGGAGAUCAUUGGAAUGUGUGGGGCGACGCAUUUGGCAGUAGAGGGAAGUGGAACGUCAAUGUACAGGACACUCCAACCCUCUCUACAAAGGUAUACCAAGUUGAUUUCGUAAUAGUUUGUGUGGGAAAGUUCAGCCAAGUUCCAAACAUACCUGAAUUCCCUUGGAAGAAAGGGCCAGAAGCUUUUGAGGGACAAGUCAUCCAUUCAAUGGACUAUUCAAAAAUGGACUCGAAAACAGCAGCCAACUUUGUCAAGGGAAAACAUGUUGCCAUAGUUGGAUUUCAGAAAUCAGGAAUGGACAUCGCCAUGGAGUGCGCUAUGGUUAAUGGGGUUGAACGUCCAUGCACAGUAGUAAUCAGGACACCGCAUUGGCACCUUCCGGAUUUUUUCCCAUGGGGACUCUCCUUGGGAUAUCUCUACCUAAGUCGAUUCUCCCAACUUACGAUGCAUAAACCCGGUGAAGGCCUUCUUCUGAGUCUCCUCGCCACAACUCUUUCACCAUUGAGAUGGGCCUUUUCAAAAUUUGUAGAAAGUUACAUAAAACACAAACAUAGGCUUGCAAAACAUGGAAUGUUGCCAGCGCAUAGCUUCUUAAACGAAUUGAGUUCAUGCACACUUGCUAUAGUUCCAGAGGGCUUCUACGACAGAGUUGAGGAAGGAAGUAUCAAGCUUGUCAAGAAAGAAGAGACUGUUGGAUUCUCAAAAGAAGGUAUCAUGCUCAAGGGUCACGCGGAACUGAUAAAAUCCGACUUAGUCAUACUAGCUACUGGCUUCAAGGGAAUUGAUAAGCUCAAACACAUUUUUGAAUCAUCAAAAUAUCAGGAAUUCAUAGGAGGCUUAGAUGAUUCUGCUGCAGUUCCCCUCUAUAGGGAAUGCAUCCAUCCCGGAAUUCCACAAGUGGCAAUAAUUGGAUUCUCAGAAACCAUAACCAAUCUAUUCACAUCGGAAAUGAGGUGCCGAUGGUUGGCAGAGCUUCUUGAUGGAAAAUUCAAGCUACCUAGCAUCAAAGUCAUGGAGAAAGACAUAGCGGAGUGGGAUAAAUACAAGAAGAGAUAUUCUUACAGAAAGUAUUACAGGAGAUCGUGCAUCGCUGCGUUGCAUGUUUGGCAUAAUGACCAAAUUUGCAAGGACAUGGGAUGGAACCCAAAGAGGAAAAAGGGUUUUUGGGCUGAGUGGUUCCAACCUUAUGGACCAAUGGAUUACACCUGAUAAUAGAAAACAUGGACCUCCCAUCUCAUCAGUUGCACCUUUUUUUUUCUGUGUCACAGACAAAACUCGUCAGUUUGUUGUUUUCCACAAUAAUCUCAAGGAGAUGGUCCCUCACUUUUGAAUAAUUCAGGAACUCAACUUUGAGUUAUUCGCUUAGAAAGUCACUCA